AUGAAUCGUCGUCGAUUUAUACGUUUGAAACGUCGUACAUUAAUAGCAUUGGGCACAUCGACUGCCGGAGUAAUUGGUUUAGCUGGUUUCAUUCAUCACUUUAAACCGACAAAAUCUCGAGAAGCAAUCAAACCUGAGAAUGGUGAAACAACAACAAAUGACUAUUCGAUCGAAUCAAUUGAAUCAAAAUUAAAAUUAAAUGACAGUUUACUAAAAAAUAAAAAAGAUCAAUACAUCACAGCGCCAGAUGAAUUUGUAUCGCCGUUAAUUGUUGCUAAAUAUCGUCAAGCAUUGCAUUAUAUCACACAAACUCGUUCGAAAAAUUUUCAUAUUAGAGAAAGGGGUUUAACACAUCUGGCAUUGUUAGAUGAUUUGCCCGAUUUUUGCUAUCAAUUAAUAGGUCAAAUGCUUGACCGUAAUGUUGUUAUAUCUUUGGCACGAACAAAUCAUGCUAAUUCAAAUUUGUUUCUGCAUGGAGUACCGUAUAUAUUUUCAUUAAAAAAAGAAGAAACAACUGCUUCUGUCAAAAAUGUGGAUGAUGAUGAUGUAUUACUUAAUACAAUCGGAGAUUUUUUAGAUAAGUUAAAACGUUACAAGAUCGAUACGUUGAGUAAAUAUUAUUUAGACUCGUUAAACGAUUAUCUGAACGAUAUCAAGUCACAAACAGUGUUUGAUUUAGUCCAACAUUUUGAGCCGGAACAUGCUGACACUUCUACGAGAGCAAUCAAACGUUAUCGUAGCAAUUUAGAAUUAUAUUAUACAUUUUUGUAUGCGUUACGUGGUUAUUGUGAUCGAUAUCCUAUGGAAGUUAUCAAAAACGAUGGACUGGGAAUAUUAAGAUAUUUGUAUGAAAAACGGAAAGACAAUGUUCCAUUUGUACGAUUUAUUUGUAAAUUAUUAAUUUUACUAAGUAGAGAAAAACAAACACACGAGUAUUUUCAUGCUGUAGGAUGGAUUAAAAUAUUAAACGAAAUGUCAUUGAAUUCAACGAAUAUUAUCUAUGCACUACUGAGUUCGACAAUUUUAGCAAAUUUAGAUAGGCCAGCAUCUUUAAUACCUCCAACCAGUUUAUCGAUUUCUAAAGUUGAUGGCAGAGAACAAAGUUUAGAACAAGUGCACGAACCGAAAAUAACCAAAUCCGAAUUGUCUAAAGCUGAAAACAAAAGUCAAAAUGUUAGAGAAACAGUAUUUGAACAAGAUAAAUCAUCAACAAAAACAACUGAAUCAGAAAAUGAUAGUUUUAUUGGAAAUUUUUUGAGACGUUUUUGGUAUAAACAACUACCUGUGUCAGAUGAAGUGGAAACACCAGAUAUUAUUGAUGAUAAGAGAAGUGAUAAAGAAGGAUUCGUGUCUGAUAUUGAUACUAGUCAUACAACAUCUGCACAAAACGACGUCGUAAAGAAGGAAAAAGAAUGGUGGCCAAAAUUUAAAAGAAAAUCAAAAGAAAAGGAAGAACAACCGUCUUCACCAGAAGAACCUAUUAAAAAGACUUCUAAAGAAGAACUAAUUGACACUCAAGAACUGCCUUCAUGGAUUCAAGAUCAAGUGUAUGGCGAUAAGCUAAUACUUAUGAGUCCAACUAUGUAUGAUUUAUGUCGCUUGGAAAAUCAUGACCGUUGGCAUCACGAGCCGAUGGUAGAUGUCGUUUUUAUACACGGAAUUCAAGGGAGUGCCUUUAAAACAUGGCGUCAAGAAUUGCCAGAUGAAUCCAUAAAGAAAGAGUCAAAACAAGUUCUGAAAGAAGUGAAUGUAGAUAAAAGUGAAGAAGAAGCACAAGACAUAGAGGAAAAAAUGUCGCCAACCACAUCAAAACCAUUUCCAUUGAUCGUGAAGAAAAAAGUAUCCGAUGAAGCUAGUGUUGAGGAUAAUGAGACAGAUGAUGUUGAUGAAACAGUUGAUAAUGAAGAACAACAACAACAAUCGUCUAUUGAAUGCAAUGAUAAUGAAAAAAAUCGUUCAAAAAAUAAUGUGCCGAAAUCAAUCGUAGAUAACAUCAAAGAACGUUUAACAGGUUUACACUCUCAACAAGAACAUUCUUUAUGUUGGCCAAAAGACUGGCUUGGAAAAGAUCUGCCGUCAAAAAAUGUUCGGAUAGUUGCCGUCGAUUAUGAAUCAACUGUAUCUGAAUGGCAAAUGCGAUCGUUGCCUAGAGAAAUUAUUCGUCGCUCAAUGAAAGACAAGGCACAAGAAAUUGCUGAACAGUUAAAACAAGCUGGUGUUGGCAAGCGGCCAAUUAUUUGGGUUGCUCAUAGCAUGGGCGGUUUAAUUACAAAAUAUGUUAUUGGUAAUGAACAAAAUGAAGAAUUACGUUCAAAUACUCGUGCAUGUGUUUUUUAUUCUGUUCCACAUUUUGGAGCAGAAUUGGCCAGUUGGGGCGUACGAAACAAGUUUCUGGUACGUCCAACUGUUGAAAUUGAAGAUUUGCAACCAAAUAGUAAAAAUUUAUUAGAAUUACAUGAACGAUUUUUGAAUGUUUUAAAACAACAUCAAAAUAUCAAAAUACUUAGUUUUGCUGAAAAUGAGAAAACUGUAUUUUCUUAUCGAUAUCAGACAAUUGUUGUUCCGGCGCAGAGUAGUCAAAUAGAUAUUGGUCCAUUUUAUGUGCUGAACAAAAAUCAUGUGUAUAUUUGUAAACCAUCUAACAAAGAAGUGAUUGAAUAUCAAGAACUGUUAGACCUUAUUAGAUCAAUUUAUUUUGAACGAUUACAAGAAUUAAAAAGUGAUAAUAAACGAACGUCGGAAAAUUUUUUAAAUUAUUAUUAUCAUGUACAAAAUGAUCUCUACUAA